AUGAAACAGCCAGGCUCUAAAAAGAAAUCGAGUAGCUCCUCUAGGUCAAAGAAUUACUACCCCAACAGCACUGGUCUCAAGAGACCAGCCAACUCUGGAAUUAACCCGGCAAUGGCCUUGCUCAAGCACGAUAAUAUUGAACUCGGAAAUAAUUAAUAUGUUCCAAGGCGGAAAAUUCCUGAGAGGCAGGAAGUAUUCCUUCCCUAUCAACCAGAAGGAAAAGAGAAAAUCCAGUGAUAACUCAAAGCUAAAUGCUUACGGCCAGAUCAAGAAAUUAAAUAAUAAGAAUAGUAAAAAUCUGAUGAUGCUCAAUGUUAGCGGAGACCUUUUAGCCCAUGGUUAUGAAGACUCCUCUGGGUAUUCACACACUAAAAAUCGCAUGAGCAUCUCUAAACCUAGUGCUAGUGGGUCCAGACAGAAUCCUAUUAAGUAUUCAACAGGGAGUAAGAAGAAAAAGAGCAGCAGUGCUCAGUCCUCUCCUCAAAGGAAUGGGCUAAAGUCUACCAAGAAUCAGGGAUAUGUUAAUGGCAUCAACAUUGGUUUAAAUUCUGGCCCAAUUAACGAAUCCAGGCCGUAUUCAGCCAAGAAUUCCUCGUACAACCGCACUAAAUCAUAUGGCUCCAAAGGCAAAUAAAAGUGGAAUGAAGAGGAGCAAUUCUAAGAAAAGUCCUACAAAUGCUAGUAAAGACUUCUCAAAUGCUUUUGGACACAAGUUUUCACAUCCUGGUGGGAUCGGACUCUAUGGGCCAGGAAAAAUAAAGAUAAAUAAAGAAAAGCCAAGUGUAUCAUCCAGAGGUUCAGCCAGGUGGAACAAGUCUCCUAACAACCCUAAUGGGUCAAAAAUAAUGAAACAAAAGGGGGAAAAGAAGGAACGAGUCAGUUCUAAUAAAAACAGGAGACAACAUGAUACAUCGUUUGGAGGUCUGAAAAAGACAUCAAUUAAUAAUUAUAUGAAUAAUUCAAAGAACCUUGACUCUUCUCAAAAUCCAACAAAAAGUCAGAAGCUACCAUCAAGAGAAAAGAAGAGGAAAGGAAGAGAUCAUUCAUCAAAAUUAGCACAAGGAAAAUCUAACACUGGAACGAAUCUUAAGGAGAGAUUACAAGAGAAUGGAGCUAUGGUGGAUGAAAACCUUGUAAAGCCUCAUGGAUUCACUUUCAAGACCAGAAAAUUAUCUGCUGACCAUUCCAAAUAAUGACAAGAAUACUCUUCAAGGCCUCAAACAUUCAAACCGCUCCAGAAAAGCUCACUCAGGAAGGCCAUCCCACAGAGUUUCCAGAGCCGAGUCCAGAGACACCAGCAGUCGCAGUCACAAAGAAGAUGCUAAAGCUCCUGCUGACAACGACAAGCCAGCCAACAACCAGGCUCCGACCGAGACCAACAAAGAUGAAGCCUCCAAAGAAGACACCAACAUUGUGACCAAGUUUGCAUUUGCAACGAGGGUCGGGUACAUUCCGAACAACCCGUACAAAGUGAACCAGGACGCCUACAUUCUGUCACCAAAUAUUUGCAAACUGCCUGCCUUCCACUACUUCGGAGUCUGAGAUGGACAUGGACAGAAUGGCAAAGAAGUCUCUGGGUAUGUCAAGCAGCGGCUUCCAGUGCUGCUUGAGAACAACGUCAAAGCCACCGGAGACGACAAGAAGUCGCUUGCUGACGCCUUCGUCACUGUCAACACCGAGCUGGACUUUGUACCCUUCGAUUGACAAUUUUCAGGGACCACUUGCUGAACGAUCCUGUUCAAAGGAAACAGACUUAUCAGCGCCAAUGCAGGCGACUCCAGAGCCAUCGUCGUGCGAAACUCUCCAACACAGUCUGCUAAAGGUGUCACCAGCAUCCAGGUCGAGCAGCUGACUAGAGACCACAAGCCUGACGAGCAGGACGAGUACUCACGCAUCAUCGACAAAGGAGGCCGAAUCGAAGCGUUCAAAGACAUGAAUGGAGACCCCAUGGGGCCAGUGCGAGUCUGGAUCCAGCACGAAGACGUUCCAGGACUGGCAAUGUCGCGGUCACUUGGAGACAAAGUGGCUCAGUCGGUUGGAGUAGUCCCUGACCCAGAAAUCUUGGACUACACGCUGACGCCACACGAUCAGUUCAUUCUGAUUGCUUCGGAUGGAGUCUGGGAGUUCAUGUCCAAUGUCGACGUUGCAAGGCUGGUGUACCCAUAUGUUGAGAAGAACGCUCCAGAGGCAGCAGCAAAUGUUCUUGUAAAGGAGGCAACUAAGCGGUGGAAGAAGGAGGAAGAAGUUAUAGAUGAUAUCACAUGUAUCAUUAUUUUCCUGGAUGUGAAACCUUAA